AGCGACUGCUAAAUACGGAAAAAUCCGCGAGUCAUGUCCGCACGUCUCCUGAUGACCAUCGCGUGAACGCUUAGAGAAGAAGUGCAUUCCGGCAGACGACAGGUACACGCCUGGUUCUCAUGGCCAGAGUACUACGGGUUCUCACACGUUCUCUCUCUUCACAAACAAGCAAAGCUAAAAUGGGAAGUUUGUCUCUACGGGAGGAUGCUCGAAAGAUAUUUUGGGGUGCAGUGUCAGCUGUGUUACCCCCCAACAUGCUGCAGAGAUCAUUGAAAGUGAGGGAAGCGUGUGGAUCCUUGGUUCUUGAGUGUGGAGGUGUAGACUUCCCUCUAAACAAGAACUUGUAUUUGGUUGGAUUUGGGAAGGCUGUUUUGGGAAUGACAGCGGCCGUGGAGCAGAUUGUGGGAAAUCACAUUUUACAGGGUGUGAUUAGCAUUCCACGUGGGAUGGAAGAGAGCCUAAGAGUUGCUGGAAAGAGGGAGAUGCUGCUGUCUCCUGGGUCACCAGUGAGGAUUAUGGAAGGUGCGGAACACAACAUGGCAGAUGAGUCCGCUUUGGAAGCUGCCAGAGAAAUCCAUAGCCUCGCAAAGAAACUUUCAGAGAAGGAUGUAUUACUGGUUCUUAUCUCAGGUGGAGGUUCGGCUCUCCUGCCAGCACCCAUGCCUCCCCUCACGCUCCACGACAAGCAAACGAUAACUAAGCAGCUGGCUUUGAGAGGUGCAACCAUACAGGAGCUGAACACUUUGCGGAGAGCCCUAUCGCAACUUAAAGGGGGAGGCCUGGCCAGAGCAGCAUACCCUGCACAGGUCAUCAGCCUAAUACUAUCUGAUGUCAUUGGAGAUGACCUCAAUGUUAUCGCAAGUGGCCCUACAGUUUCCAGCUCUUACAGUACAGAAGGUUGUCUGCAGAUAUUGGACAAGUACGACCUAAGAAACUCUGCUCCAGCAUCAGUGAGGGAUGUACUUCGCUCCAGGUCUCGGACUGCUGCUCAUGACCAUUUCAGCCAUGUCCACAACAUCCUCAUUGGGUCGAACCUCAUUGCAAUGCGUGAAGCAGAGCAGGAAUCAGCAAGAUUGGGCUAUCACCCAUCAGUUCUGUCUUCAGCCAUUAGUGGUGAUGUUAGACAAGUUUCUCGGUUUUAUGGCCUCCUUGCCAGAGUAAUCUGCUCCAUGAUGAUGGAAAGUAGUGAGCAGCAACAGCUGCAACAAGAAAUUAUUGCUCUAGGCUCUGAAAUGGCCAUUCCAGACCUUAACCUUGCUGAGCAACUGCAUGAGAUUGCAGAAUAUGCAGGUCUAGGUGCUGUCUGUGUCCUUUGUGGAGGGGAAACCACAGUACUUGUGCAGGGAGAAGGUAAAGGUGGGAGAAACCAGGAGUUGGCAUUGCGGGUAGCUCAGGAGUGGCACAACUUUCAGGGGGACUUGAAGGGAUGUGAAGUGUUGUUUUUGAGUGGGGGUACUGAUGGGCAAGAUGGCCCCACAGAAGCCGCUGGUGCUUUCUCCUACCCCGAGCUGCUAAUGGAUGCUAAGCAAGGUGGAUUCAACGUGGAAUGCUUUCUUAAUCACAGUGAUUCUAACACCUUUUUUAGUCAAUUCCAUGAUGGUAGAUAUUUACUAACAACCGGACUUACAGGAACUAAUGUGAUGGAUGUGCAAGUGCUUUUGAUACGGAGAAAAAGAGACAUCCAAUAAAAUCUACCAAAAAAAAAUCCAUCAACACAA